UACAAUCCCUCUAUAGGUGCAGGUAUAAUCUAUGUCUAAGCUCACCUUGCUUCUUUUAUGCAGGUUCUGAGAUUUGCUUUAUAGCCAGUGAACCAUGAAGCUGCUGCACGUUCUCACUCGAUCCCUGGCUUCAGGACGUUUUUGUGGGUCACAAACCAUGUUUAGGAGAGUUUGGGUGGUUCAGGGCUUGGGACCUUGGAAUUUGCAGCGUAUUUCAUGUGAACGGAAGGGGACCACCGUGACCCUGAGGUGCUUCAGUUCCUCACAUUCUGCUCCUCAGCGGUCAGGAGGUGCUGACACAAAAGUUUUUCCUAAACAAGGAGCUACUGCUGGUGCAGACUUACAUGAGGCAACAGAGGACGAUUUUGGGACUUUGUCAGAAAAGUAUUCAUCAAGAGUGUCGUUUAAGAAAACGUCUCCAGAGCUGCAUAACUUAAACUACUCUGAAGAAGAAGAUGAUGUGGCUCAGCAAGUGCAGAGGAGGGGCCGGAGGAACACGCCAUACUGGUAUUUCUUACAAUGUAAGGCCAGACUAAAAGAGGACAAGCUGGCCGCGGCUCUGGAGCUGUUUGAGGUAAAAAUGCUGCAGGAAGAUCGACUCCAGCCAGAGGAGAGUAACUACACCGUUCUUAUAGGCGGUUGCGGGAGAGCCGGCUACAUAAAGAAAGCCUUCCGCUUGUACUCAGAUAUGAAAAAGCGAGGGAUACAACCCACUGAUGCCACUUACACUGCACUAUUUAACGCAUGUGCAGAGUCCCCCUGGAAAGACUCUGGCCUCCAACACGCUAUGAAACUACGAGAGGAGCUGAAGGCCAAGAACAUCCAGCUAAACGUGAUCACGUACCAGAGCUUGAUGAAAGUGUGCGCAAUGUGCUCUGAUCUGCACAGCUGCUUCCAGAUUUUGAAGGAAAUUGUGCAUAAAGGUCACAUCAUCACCAGUGACACGUUUAACAUCCUUCUCAUGGCCUGUAUCAAUGACAGGGAUCUGGGCUUCCGAUACACCCUGCAGGUCUGGAGACAGAUGCUUUCACUUGGAAUAAAGCCUGAUAGUAACACGUACAACCUGCUUCUUCGUGCCACCAGAGAUUGUGGGAUUGGCGACACAGCUGUAGCUUCGCAAUUACUACUGAGGCCCAAUAAAGAAUCUCCUCGGAAAAUAGAGGCUAGCGUUGGCAGACGAGCUCCAAAGAAAAAAUAUCUGCAUGCUCCAACUGAGCAAGAUGUGGAGGUGAUGGAGCAGCAACUGUUUGUGGCGCCCCUGGCUGACAAGGAAUGUAAUUCACCAGGGUCAGAGCUCAGUCCCAGGAAUCUCAAGCUCCCCACAGACUUGGUACCACUUGAUUGUCAGAUAGCUCUCCCUAUAACUAACCAGCGUUUCCCAAACCUACUAGACAUGCAGGUAAAUACAAAGGCUGCGGUCACUUUAGGGACUGUGUCUGACCCAGCUGACCGACUUGCUUUGAUUGGAGGUGUGGAUGGGAUCCUGCAGAAGAUGCAAGAUGGCAACGUGUCACUGAGUAUUAAAACCUUCACCCUCCUGGCUGAAGUAACAAAGCCGGACAGCCAGUCUGAUUACAAUUUGCUCAGGAUCAUGGACUCCAUAAAAAUACGACCAGACCUGACCUUUUUCAACACAUUGGUGCGAAAGAGGAGUAAACUAGUGAACCUGAAAUCUGCAAAGGAGCUGCUCCCUGUUCUGGGCCAGAGGGCGAUUGCGCCAAACAUCCAGACCUUCUGUAAUCUGGCGAUUGGAUGUCACAGGAAGGAGGAGGGACUACAGCUGCUGGAAGACAUGAGCAUUGCUGGAGUGCAGCCCAACACUCAUGUCUACAGUGCCCUGAUUAAUGCUGCCAUUAAGCGGUUGGAUUAUAUCUAUCUCACUGAUCUCUUGCGAGACAUGAAGAAGAGGAACGUAGCCCCCAAUGAAGUAGUGAUCCGCCAACUGGAAUUUGCUGCGCAGUAUCCUCCAGGAUUUGAUAGA